UCUGCUGCGGAGGACACACGUCAGUUUGUUUGACAGCCGCCGCCAGAAGCUGCCUCCGCGCUCAGGAGGACUUGUCUUUCGCCACAGGCGUUCAACCAUACAUCAAGUGCCAUGUUGCUGUACACAUUCAUUUUAGCUGCUAUCGCCGUCCAGGCCUCAGCCGCAUCCAACAGCAGCAGCGCCGAAGAACCAAUCGUGGUCACUCCCGAGCCAAGUCUCGUCCUCAUGGCCGUGUCCUCGUCCUCCAGUUCUGUGAGCCAGAGCCACUCGGUGUCCACGGCCCCGUCGGCCGUGGAGGCGCCGAAAAACGCGUCCGACGGCACAACGCCCCUGCCGCCGGUCACCGCGGGGCGCGCAGAGGCGCCACGCCAGCUGACGGAGGACGUCGAGGAGGCGGGCAGUGCCCCCGAGGGGGCUCUGCUCGAGGACGUGGAGAACAGGACCAGAGAGGCCCUCGCCCCCGAGGGCAGCGAGCACAAUUCCGUUGUGUUCGUUGCUGAAGGAACAGGCUACGUUCCCGUGACGCAGUUGAGGUCGCGAGUGCCCGCCCAGUUCAGGCCUUCAGCACCAGCAACGACCGCGACGGCGACCAACGAGCAGGACGGCGUCGAAUGGGCUGCGGCCCAAACUUGGGAACGACGCCACUUUGGCAACAACCACAGCAGAGUGCAGCAUAUCGAGGCUGAGUGCCAGGAUGACUACAUGAAAAUCCGAGUCGGUUUCAACGGAUCAUUUCAAGGCCUUUUGUACUCAUCAGGGUAUUCCUACGAUCCUGAUUGUGUUUAUAUAAACGGCACGGGACGCGACUACUACGAAUUUUACAUACAGCUGAACAGGUGCGGAACUCUUGGGAAAAACACGCAGAGUCAAGACACUCGCAAGCAGCCGGCGAAAAACUUUAUGUGGAAUACGGUGACUGUGCAAUACAACCCCAUGAUCGAGGAGGAAUGGGACGAACACUUCAAGGUUACCUGCGAAUACGGCUACGACUUCUGGAAGACGGUCACCUUCCCUUUCUUGGACGUUGAAGUGGCGACUGGCAACCCAGUGGUGUUCACCCUUUCGCCACCGGAGUGCUACAUGGAGGUCCGUCACGGCUAUGGAGCCACGGGCACAAGGGUCAGCGGCCCUGUCAGGGUUGGCGACCCUCUCACUCUGCUCAUCUACAUGCGCAGCAAAUACGAUGGCUUUGACAUUGUGGUGAACGACUGCUACGCGCACAAUGGAGCCAACAAGAGGAUCCAGUUGAUCGAUCAGUACGGCUGCCCCGUCGAUGAAAAACUGAUCAGCAGAUUCCGCGGCUCCUGGAGCGAAACGGGCGUCUACGAAACGCAGGUGUUCGCGUACAUGAAGACCUUCAGGUUCACCGGCAGUCCAGCCCUUUACGUCGAGUGUGACGUCAGAAUGUGUCACGGACACUGCCCAAACCAACCAUGUCACUGGAGAAAUGCAAGGAGUCGGCGCUCAACGUCUGACAACCUGAUUCAGUCGACGCAAGUGCCGCAGCUCUCGGAGAACAUCAGCUUGUUCCAGUCACUUCGCGUUUUGCAAGAAGGCGAGUCUGGCGACGAGGACGCCUCCCAGCUGCAGAGCAAAAUUGCAUUCACAGACGACGAAAAUAUUUGCGUCAAGAGUGGGCCCUUCACAGCUUUGCUAGGUAUGGGAUGCCUGGUGACUGCAUGUUUGGGCGUUGCCGUGGCGCUGCUGUGCUUCAGGGUGAAAGCCCUGAAAAAGGGUGCUCCGCUGGAGCUGACGGACGCAGAGGUGCGUCAGAACCGCGAGCUCUUCAUCGGCACGAACCCAUCGCUGCACUCGAUCGAUUUCCUCACCCACAAAGGCCACAUCAACUGAGACCUGAGAGCCGGUUCUCCUGAGUGCGUGCGUGAUUUUGAAAGUUGCUAAGGACGACACUUCGCGAGUAGUUCGCAAGAAAUGCGCUUUUCGAAUAGCAAUAAUCUGUGAAUUUUAGAACUGGUAGAACCUUUUGAGUAGAAAUUUGGCGCCAAACCUUGACACCAGGGAAAGCCCAAGCGGUCCAGAUUUUUUUUCUACAAAAAAUGAGGUAUUUGUGAAGCUGGAACUUUGAACGUUUUGAAAGGCAAGGAGAAUUUGCCGACCUUUGGAAAUUGUAUCAAAAAAGUGACCUGGUCGGCGUCCUCUCCUGCCAUUCGCCCGAAAUUCCGAGGUUUCCGCCAAGUAGUGUUUCGGCCUCUUAACCGAACCAGUUGCUCGUUUUCCCCACCAAAUAGAGAGACAAAUUGUA